AUGAUCUCACGAUCAUCUGUAAGUCGCGUCGUUCGCGGUGCGCGGCAGCUUCGCUCGUCUGAAGAUAUACCUGCCGGAUGUAGAGGUUUGCAGAUCAGCGCAUCGGAAUCUCCCUUGGAUGGCCAUAUUUUAAGCAAGACUCUUGAUUCUACAGAUCCUGCUGAUGCAAGAUUCGAAGUCAUUGGAGCUCCCUACUCUCUACUCUCAGUCUCAUUGUCCGCAUCGCAAACACUAUACACCCGACGAGGAACGUUAGUUGGAGUGAGCGGAAAAGCAGAAAAUGCCCAAUCAACAUUAUCGAUUCUUGAGCCCUUUCGACGAGCCCCUCUUGGGAUUCCCUUCCUAUAUCAGAAAAUAUCCUCGACCAGUCCUAUAAAAGCAUUGGUGUCAACAAAAAAUUCGAACACGUCUAUGGAAGUAUUGCAUCUGGAUGGAAGGGAAGAUUGGAUGAUUGCUCAGAGGAAUGCAUUACUGGCUUGGACUGGCCAUAGAUUAUCCGUUUCGCCGACAAUGAACAGAAGUAUGAGUGUCGCUCAUUGGGGAAACACACAAAUUACAGGUAGAGGACUAGUAGCUUUGGCUGGGGCAGGACGUAUAUACGAGAUUACCUUAUCAGAAGGAGAAGAAUUCGUCGCACAUCCCGGAAACGUCGUUGCAUACGCGAUGAAUCAACACCCACCUCUCCCAUACCGCCUAAAAACCUCAAUCCUGAAACUACAGAUCCCAAGCUUAGGUUUCAGUAAGCUAUUACCAGAUAUCAAGUUUUUUAGGGUUAUGCAACAGACAGAAUCAUGGAAUUUUGUGAAAAGGAUAGCUUUCACCCUGAGGACGGCGAUGAGAAGGAGUAUUUGGGGAGAUAGACUAUUUUUACAAUUCAGAGGGCCAACUACACUCUUAAUGUCUACAAGGGCGACAAGGAUCAGCGACGUUCUGACGAAUAGAGAUAUUAAUGAGAUUGCGGAUGCUCCACCAGGAGCCGUAACGGAAGCUAUUGAGUUGGCGAGGGAGCCUAAGACGGUCUCAAAGACUACGAAACAAAUAACGGAUGUACCGACCGGUUUCCAUUAUGCGGAAGUUAAUAAGGAUGGGAAGGUGAAAUUUGAAGACCCUACCGUAAGGUAG